AUGUUCUCCAUCAAGACCUUCUCCACCGUCCUCCUGGCCGCCGCCGCCACCGUCUCCGCCGCUCCCACCAACACCGCCGGCACCAAGACCCCGACCCGCACCUACGAGCUCACAGGCGUCACCCACUCCGUCGUCGCCGGCCUCGGCGGCCUCCGCUUCGACCCGGACAACGUCGUCGCCGAGGUCGGUGACAUCGUCGAGUGGCACUACCUGCCCCGCAACCACUCCGUCGCCGAGUCCAACUUUGGCAACCCGUGCAAUCCCCUGGCCGACGGCUCCUCCUUCUUCUCCGGCUUCAACUUCUUCACUCCCGAGGGCCAGUCCGGCAACGUUUUCCAAAUCGUCGUCGAGGACAAGAAGCCCAUCUGGUACUACUGCGCCCAGAACGCCGGCCAGCACUGCAAGAACGGCAUGGUCGGCGUCAUCAACCAGAACUUUGACAGCCCCGACUUCACUCUCGCCAAGCACAAGGCUUUGGCUGCGCAGAAGGGCGAUGCUGUCAUUCCUCCUGUUCAGCAGGGUGGCUUUGUCAUCCCCAACCCGAACCCCCUUGGAGGCUUCAAGCUCUAA